CGCGAGGGACCCCAGACAGCAACACCCCCCACCCCCCAAACGCACUUGAACAGAGCUCUAGCCCGGGAGCGGCAGCCUGCGGUUUCCUAGUCGAUCCCAGCUUCUCCAGGGAGAGCAGAGCGCACACAGGGUUAAGUGAGUUCCCUCCCCUUAGGAGGCACGGGGGAGGGGAAAAGCAGCACCACGUCUCAGGCUGGGUACCCUGGAGUUAGUUGUACGUUUGAAACCUGUCGCCGUCACUUGUGAGUUUGGCAUAUCCCACUGUCACAGCAGAAGAACCAGCGCCCGGCGACAGCACCAGAGGUUUCCACCUCCGCGCCCAGGCGCUGUGCGGCUCCCGUCCGGGGUGCGUCUCUGACCCUCGGUUUCGGGAGUCGAGGGUAGCGAGGGGCAGCUCGGCGCGCCGAGUCCACCCAGCUCCUGGACCGGGUUGGCAGUUCUCAACGAUGGGCAGGAGAGACCUCGGCGGCGACCCCUAAGACAAUACCAUGCCCCGGGAGCCCUGCAGCUGCCGUGCCAGCUUCUUCCCUUUCCACCUCCCGGACCCCGUCGGAUUCGGAUGAGCACACUUGGUGGAGACGCGGCCUCCAGAUUGUGGAUUGAGCUUAACCAAGGAGUUCAGAGGCUGAUCAACGCCAGUCUGACCUGCAGUGGAAGAAGGAGUUCCAGCUGCCCCUCUGGGCCCUUGUUGAGUGGGGAUAACUUAUCACUUGUUGCCUGCGUGGAAAAUUCUCCCCAUUGAAUAUUUUUUUUCCCCAUGGAGGACAAUAGAAAAAAAGGCCACACAGGCUAAUAGGACCAGAGACUGCUGGAAGAUUCUUUCAUCAAGGUCUUUGGGGACUUUUCCCUGUAGUUGGUGUUCUGGACUUUGACAGAACCCCUAUCUGGUCAUUUAUUAUUAUUAUUUUUUUGCUUUUGCUUUUGCUUUUGCUUUCGCCCAUCCCAUUGUCUUUUAUUUCUGUACUUCAGCAAUGGGCCUACAGACCCCACGGUGGCCCAGCUAUGGGGCUCUUUUCCUGAAAUCCUGGCUUCUCAUUUCCCUGGGGCUCUCCUCCCAAGUGUCAGAAACCCUGGCGUGCCCCAGCGUGUGCCGCUGCGACAGGAACUUUGUCUACUGUAAUGAGCGAAGCUUGACCUCAGUGCCUCUUGGGAUCCCGGAGGGCGUGACCGUACUCUACCUCCACAACAACCAAAUUAAUAAUGCUGGAUUUCCCGCCGAGCUGCACGACGUGCAGUCAGUGCACACCGUCUACCUUUAUGGCAACCAACUGGACGAAUUCCCCAUGAACCUUCCCAAGAACGUCCGCGUCCUCCAUUUGCAGGAAAACAACAUUCAGACCAUUUCCCGCGCGGCUCUGGCCCAGCUCUUGAAGCUCGAGGAGCUGCACCUGGACGACAACUCCAUCUCCACAGUGGGGGUAGAAGACGGGGCCUUCCGCGAGGCGCUCAGCCUCAAGUUGCUGUUCCUGUCCAAGAACCACCUGAGCAGCGUGCCUGUCGGCCUCCCCGUGGACUUGCAAGAGCUGAGGGUGGAUGAGAACCGCAUCGCUGUCAUCUCGGACAUGGCUUUCCAGAACCUCACGAGCCUGGAGCGUCUGAUCGUGGACGGGAAUCUCCUGACCAACAAGGGCAUCGCCGAGGGUACCUUCAGCCACCUCACCAAGCUCAAGGAAUUUUCCAUCGUGCGGAAUUCGCUCUCCCACCCGCCCCCUGACCUCCCAGGGACGCAUCUGAUCAGGCUGUAUCUGCAGGACAACCAAAUCAACCACAUCCCGCUGACGGCCUUCGCGAAUCUCCGCAAGCUGGAGAGGCUGGAUAUCUCCAACAACCAGCUGCGCAUGCUGACGCAGGGCGUCUUCGAUAACCUCUCCAACCUGAAGCAGCUCACUGCGCGCAAUAACCCUUGGUUUUGCGACUGCAGUAUUAAGUGGGUCACGGAAUGGCUCAAAUACAUCCCUUCCUCGCUCAACGUGCGGGGUUUCAUGUGCCAAGGGCCCGAACAAGUGCGGGGCAUGGCCGUCAGGGAGCUGAAUAUGAAUCUUCUGUCAUGCCCCACCACCACGCCGGGCCUGCCGCGCCUCACCCCCGCGCCCACUGCUUCCCCCACCGCCCCGGCACCCACACCUGCCGACCCCACCCCGGGCCGGAGCGCCACGCCUCCGAGCCCCACCACCGCCAAACCGCCCACCAUCCCAGACUGGGACAGCAGAGCAAGAGCGACCCCACCCAUCUCGGAAAGGGUCCAGCUCUCCAUCCAUUUUGUGAAUGACACUUCCAUUCAAGUGAGCUGGCUCUCGCUCUUUGCUGUCAUGGCCUACAAACUCACCUGGGUGAAAAUGGGCCACAGCUUAGUCGGGGGCAUCGUGCAGGAGCGCAUCGUCAGUGGCGAGAAGCAACACCUGAGCCUGGUGAAUUUAGAGCCCAGGUCCACCUACCGGAUUUGUUUAGUGCCGCUGGAUGCUUUCAACUACCGCGCGGUGGAGGACACGGUCUGCUCGGAGGCCACCACCCACGACUCCUACUUCAACAACGGCAGCAACACCGCGUCCAGCCACGAGCAGACCACCUCGCACAGCCUCGGCUCCCCGUUUCUGCUGGCGGGCCUGAUCGGGGGCGCGGUGAUAUUUGUGCUGGUGGUCCUGCUCAGCGUCUUUUGCUGGCAUAUGCACAAAAAGGGGCGCUACACUUCCCAGAAGUGGAAAUACAACCGGGGCCGGCGGAAAGAUGACUAUUGCGAGGCAGGCACCAAGAAGGACAACUCCAUCCUGGAGAUGACAGAAACCAGUUUUCAGAUCGUCUCCUUAAAUAACGAUCAGCUCCUUAAAGGAGAUUUCAGACUGCAGCCCAUAUACACCCCAAAUGGGGGCAUUAAUUACACAGACUGUCAUAUCCCCAAUAACAUGCGAUACUGCAACAGCAGCGUGCCGGACCUGGAGCACUGCCACACGUGACGGCCAGACCCGGCGUCCCCACGGCGGACAGGCCACCUGAGAACACACACGUGUGUGCACAUACAGACACGCGAAUUACAUUUGAUAAAUGUUACACAGAUGCAUUUGUGCAUUUGAAUACUCUGUAAUUUAUACGGUGUACUAUAUAAUGGGAUUUAAAAAAAAAGUGCUAUCUUUUCUAUUUCAAGUUAAUUACAAACGGUUUUGUAACUCUUUGCUUUUUAAAUCUUAAAAAAAAAAAUAGUUGCUGAAGUACUGUACAGGGUUGUACAAGGAGAACCCAAUGCCAAGCGCACGAACGAGUGAUUUCUUCCUCAUGAUGCACAUUAACCACUUUGCUGUUGAGGUUGUCAGAGUAAGUUCCAUUCUUAGACUUGGUGGUCAGGUGAAAGGCCAGGCGAAAACGGGCUCAUCAGGGCAGGCUACAUCUUAUGGGUGAGACAAGAAAUGGCCCGCUGUUUUCAUGCUAUUUCUAGACUUCCUGUAAAAGUUAAAAAUCCUGAACUAAAGAAAGGAGGUAGUUACCCUGAUUUUGACCCAAAGCAGGAAAUGCAGAAAGCGUCAGGAGGAAGUUGGUUCCUGUGAGAUGAGUUAACCCAGCCAGACAGUGCAGAGAAAAGGGGAUUUGAGGAGACCUUGGAACCCUAGGGUUGGCUUUCUGACUGGGGAAUUGGAAAUCACUCCUCAUGCUUCCCUGGCCCUAUAUGAUAACAGAGUUAGAGGCCCGGAUCUGAGUUCUGUCAUCUCCAGGGACGGGUCUGAUGUCCCAGGAAGAAAACUCCCUUUAAUAACAUUAUGCUUCAAAUCCUACGUCAAGGUUGAAUCAUGUUCAACAGAAAUAUAUUCUAGAAUACUUUUUUAGAAGAGGCUAAUAAAAUAAUGGGAAGAAUUAUAUUGAAUGGAAUUAUUUUUGAUAAUGAGAAUGACUUAUUUGGGUAGAUUCUUUGCAGCUAUGUCAACAUGAUACUUGAUCCAAUAAGGGAUCGAUGCCUGUACUAUAUUAAGACAGCUUGUUAUUUGCUACCAUUUAGACAAAGCAAGUCAUCAGUGGUUCUGCUAACUCCUAUCAACCGACUUUGUUAGUAUCAUGUUGACAUAACUUGCAUUAAUAUCUUUAUCCCCUCACAAAUUUUUGUCUUCCAAUCACCUUACAUAUAUUUUCGUAAUUAGCUAUUUAUGCUACAAUUGUUUUCUUUCCCCCUCUGCUCAAAAUUUGAAAGAAAAUUGUGGAUGCCACUCUCGGUUACAUAAACUAUCCAUAUGAAUACAUACAUUUAAAAUGUAAUGCUAAUUUUCACUGCUAAUAAUUCUGUAAGGACACAUCAAAGCUGUCUGAAAUAAUGCAUUUUUUUUUCUUUAAAAGCAAUACCGAAUUUCCACCUUGGACUGACUUUGAUCCCACUCCAUUUUUGAAAUUUCAUUUAUUCUUUUUCAAUCUUGGAUGGUCCUCUUCUUUGGGAAUUGUAGAGGGAUAAUCAAUCUUCUAUUAACAGGCUAGCAGAUGAAAAAUGAACAAGUCUGAGAGAGAACACUUGUUCCCUUAUCUGGGCAGAAUGGGGCAUAGAGCAGAGGGUAUAGAGAAGAGAGGAAUGUUCAUGUUUAACUCUAGAUAUUUUUGAAGCAAUGUCCAUCUUCAGAAAGCAUAUGUAAUUUACUCCUGUCCACCCCUUAGAUGUAGAAGGGCUAUAGAUCACAUGCAUUAUAUAAAAUGUACACCCUUGGUAAAUUCUUCUUAAAAUCAACUUUAGGCAUUUCAUGUUCUGUUGCAUAUUUCCUGUACCAUUGGUCAUUUUUUUUUAGGGACCCAUGAAGUCAAUGACACAAUAAUUUUCUUUCCCUCUCUCUCCCUUUCACAAGACAGAACUGUGAUGUGUCUUCUUUGUAAAAGUUUAGGUAUAAAAUUCUAUGCAAGUUUUUCUUUAUAGUAAGAGCUUUAUUUUCUUUAAAAAUAUACCCCAACUUAUAUGUUGUAAUAGCUCUUGUUCUUCAGACUAAGCAGAACCUAUAAAGUUAUAUUAUAGACACAAGAAUCAAAACUCUGCAGUCAGUUGAGCUGAAAUUAGCAGCAAAUUAAUUUGAAUUCAUUCUAAAGUGAAUUUGGUUUCCAUUUUAGUCUAUUAGCUGGCAAGUUUCAGCUGCUUCUUUUUUAAAAUUAGGUCCACACAGUGAAGGGAUGAGAUAUUCUGUGAAUGAGAAGAGAAGCAGUAAAGCCAUCCCAAAUCAGAACAAUGGUGUGGGAUUUUGUGUAUUUCACGGAACGCUUCACUUUCACUGUCCUCUUUCUCUUGGCUGUGUAGAUAAAACUCUGUGUCCAAACGAUGGUACUUUGACUUUUGAGGUUUUUUUUUUUUUAAUCCACAAAAUAAUUAUUAUCAUUUAUUUGUUUUUAACCCCCAGUGGGUAAUUGGCUGCUGAAACGAAUCUGGCCCAAGAAAACCAAGAUUGGAGAGGUUCUCUGCUGUUUAGGAGAUUAACCACAAGAUUUAGGGCAUAAGUGAUACUGCAGAGACCCAGUUAGGUGAGAGGAUUAGGCUGAUCUGAAAAGGUGCCUUUGCUAGAAGGUGUUCCUGAAGAGAUAGAAUGUAGACAGGUUGUCUGAUGAUGAUGUGCACAGCAUGACAAAGACUGGUUGUGAACGUCCUAUUUGUAAUAGCAUACCCGGGACUCACCUACACCAGCAUAGUGAGCACAUCAUGGCAUUUGGAUUGUCUUAAUUGUAUUAGGGAAACUGAUGACAACCAUAAGUGCCGAAUUGUGCAUUUAUUGACAUUUAUAGUCACAGGAAUGUGUUUUGCCGAUACUUGCUGUCAUUGUCAUUAUUAUGUAUGUUGAGAUCAGUCAAGAGUCAAAGUCAAAUGUGUAGGUCAAGAUCAUAAGCAAAGUCCUACUUACUGGCUUAUAAAGGGUUUGAUGCUGUCUGACCCCAAUGAGUUGGUUUCAGAGAUGGGUCCACUCUUAGAAUAAGGUAGCUGUCCCUGUGCAGAGGCAAUUCUAAAAGGAAAAGCCAUGAUCACACCAGUAUUAUUGACCAUUAUUCCUACCAGGGUUGUCAUAAAUCUACUUAUUUGGAGAGCAGUGUUUGAUCAUGGAGAGACCUGGGCUUCCCUCAAAACUGUCAAAUGCAUCAGCAAUUAUCUAUGGGACAAUCACAGAGACAAGGAGUGUUGCUCUGCCUAUUUUCUGAUGUAUCAAGUGAAAAACAUUCUACGCUGUGAAAAAUAACACGAUAUCUAAUUAUCUGGAUGUUUGUUGAAAAUGUUAGACAGUGUCCUGGAGAUUAAAAAAGAGUGCAAUGUGACCAGUCUGGUAAUAACUAUUAAUGAAGUAGCAAAUGCUGCAGCUCCCUAUCCUACUAGAGCAGAUCUUAACUGUCAUAGUGAUUUCACAAGAAUGAGAUCUUCCUUCCCAACUGAAAACGACAAGCCCUUAAUGUUGUGAGCAGAACAACCAAUCCAAACACAAGGCAACAUUGCAAUUCACAGGGGUCCCUGCUGGCUUUGAUCAGAGAACUCAGCAGAAGAGCCCAUUGCAACUUUGACAGUGAAGUGGUUAAUACCCAUUGACUUUUUUUUUUUUUCUCUAACCUAUAACAAGUAGACAUCAAGUUUUACUUUAGAACAUGAGAACAUCUGUUUAGCUCAUGACUUAACUUUCAAAGAUAUGUGGGAAAGCAGAGCAGAAAAAUAUGAAGAUAGACGCACAAAAUGAAACAGAAAACCUCCCAGGUCUUCUUGUCAAACCUUGCCUGAUGCUGUAUUUUAUAGUCAAAAUAUUAAUGUAGGAAGCUAGUGCUUAUCAGCUUCUCUAAUUUCUGCAGCAUGGUGGGAAGAAGAUUGCAGGCACUACAAGAUACCUGCCACUGAUUGCUGGGACUAAGUUGCAUCCAAUACUGUUUCUGUAAUAAUACAGAUUCCUUUCCUUUGGUUUCUGGGUUUUGUUUUGUUUUGUUUUGUUUUUCUUUUCUAGUAUCACUCCCACCAGAAGAGCACAAACCAUUGCAGCAAACCUUUUAAAACUAGUAUAAAACACAUACAUAUUCACACACACACACACGCACACACACACACACACAUACACACCCCACUGGGGCAUUUGUAAACUAUCCAUGGAAUGUUAGAUUGAUAAUCAUUUUGAGAUAAGGUGAAGGCGUCCCCACUGUGUGUCCCUCUUAGGACCAGUAUAUGUUCACUGCAAGUUAAUCCUGAUGAUUUGUUAUUGUUUGGACGACGGUGUUGAUUUGCUUCUGGUUUAUGUUUAGUCUGUUCUUGCUGACAAGGGACUGCAAGGGACUGGAAGAUUCUGCAUCACAUCCUCUGAGACCUAUCAUGCGGCACACUUUAACUGCAAAUUUGACUCUGCACUCUACAGUACCUUGUUGAUAUACUCAGUAAAGGCUUAUUUUAAAAGAAAACCACUUUGUGUUUAUCUAAGUUCAUCGGGAUGCAGCCAUUACUGUGUCAAAGUGAAAUGAGGGAUACCUCUUGAUCAUGGAGGAGAAUGGCAGGAAUGAAAGAGGUAAUAAUAGGGUUUUUUCAUUUUCUCUAUCAUGAGGGCAAAUUCUGUUUUUUUAAGGCCAUUUUAUCCUUUCAGUGUGAGGGGUUCAUAUGCACAUAUCAUCAUGUCCUUUAUUACUCCCUAAGUGGUGUUCCUAUAUUCUUGAAAUAUGCACACAUACAUUGAACAUAUUUCAUAUUUGUGAAUUCUAUGAUGUUUAGCAUAUAGAUUAAAUAUCAAUGUAGUUAUCCAAUCAGAAGAGUCUUCCCUAUUUCAUAAUAUGUACUAUUGCUUUUAAUUGUCAGUUUUCAUUAAGGUUUCCCAUGGUGCUUUUCUACUUCCGAAUCACAGCUUUUCUACCCAUAUUUUCAGUGGCACUCAAAAAAUUGUAUCUAUUCAUAUACUCAAGUUCAGCUCCAGAUUCAUCUCAUGAUUUUCCAGAAUCUCUUUCUCUCACCUGUCUUGGCCAUGUCUCUAAUAAUGUAUUUGACAGAGAUUGAAUCAGGGAAUAAAAUGACACUUCAGUUAACUAGUAUUAAUUACUUAUAGAAUCUGUUGGAAAAUUAACUAUGAAAGAUAGUAAUAAGGAUUUGAUUGAUCUUACAUUUGGGAGAUUUUAUGUAAAAUGAUGUCCAUGCUACUCUUGGUUACUUUAGCCAAGAGUUACACUCUGUAAUCUACAAAACCAGACCUGUGGGCAGAGAAUAGCAUCCAUUCAAAAAAGUUUAUUCUUUCUACUGUGUUGAAGGCACUGAGGUCUCACAGAGGAGGCUUCAGAGAGCUCAGACAAAAGUAGUGCCAAUGAACCUAAGUCUAUCCAAUACUCUUACCAGAUUUCCUAAAGAAAUCUGGGUUCAUCUGACGUAUUUAUUCUUCAUCUACUUCCACAGAGUAUUUGCUGUGUCAGGUUCUACUGAGUAUUCACACAAAAAUAUGAGUCCACUGCAAAGGGGCUUACAGAUCAUGGGAUAAACGUUUUCUAAUAGUCCUAGAUCCCUAAUAAUGAUUUUGCAUUCUCUCAUGAAACUCAACAAUGUCUAAAGUAACUAGAAGACAUACACCUGAUAGAAUGUUGCAUCUGUUGUAUAUUUUAGAUCUUGGUGUUUAGCAGACAAAACAAAAUGAUACUGCACUGAUAAAAUUCUAACUCAUUUUCACUUAAGAUUUCAGAUGUAUAUCAAGUAAUCAGAAAUUUCAGCCUCUUAAAUUGCCACUGGGCAUCAGAAUGGAAAUCAAUUUAAAGAAAUAUUGAGACCUGACCAUUAUUGAGCACCUAUAUAUACACAUAUGACCAUGUUCAAAAAGCUUUGUUACAUGUGAUUACACUUUAUCUCUAACCCUGUAAGUUGUAUUCUCUAUUGCUCACAUCUUGUAUAUUAAAUUUUAUUUAUUUUUUUCAUACAAGAACUGGGGCACAGGCCAGACAGAGGUGCAGCGGGUGAGAGGAUUCACCAGAGACAGAGCAGGGAACAGAACAGGCAGGCAGAUGGAAAACACUGCUGAGGGGAGCAGUGGGCGAGACAGCACAGGGGGCUGCCAUAUGGGCUCGCUUCGAACUUGCUGCAAAUAGCUUCACAGUGCUUUGCUCAACCUCUUGCGCCGCCAAGGAGGCCCUAUUCACAUUUUAAAACACAGAUUCUUAAGGGGGAAAUGUGGUUGUUUCACAAUCCCAAAAUCUGUCAGCGGCAGAAUUGGGAAUUAACAUGAUUCUGUCCAGUCUUAACUGUCUUCUUGCCUUUUGGUACAUUGACUAGCCUUAGGACUGAAAAAUCUUCAGAACAAAUUCUUGGUCAAGAUUGAAGAUUUUUGAUGAUGGGGUCUCCCCUGGUGGCGCAGGCUAUUGAGCGCAGUGCAGUGAAGCUGUCUGCAGCCUCUGUAGCGCGGGUUCGAUCCCAGCCGGCCGGCGAGGGUCCCAAAUGGUGCCACAGAACUCUGCUGUCUCGCCCGCUACUCCCCUCAGCAGUGUAUUUCAGUCUGCUUGUUCUGUUCCCUGCUCUGUCUCUGGUGAAUCCUCUCACCCUCUCACCACACAUCUGGCCUGUAGCCCGGUUAUUGUAUAAAAUAAAUAAAUAAAUCUUAAAAAAAAUUAAAAAAAAAGAUUUUUGGUGAUGAAGUUAUCACAACUUCACUCAGUAGGUGCAUAUACUAUAGUUCAUGACAAAAUCAAGAGAACAUUUCUUAAAAAACUUCAAAAUAUUUAGUAAGUCCCUUAUUUUUGGUCAGGUAUUCCUGCUUUUUAUGAAAGAUUUUUUUGUUUGUUUGCUUAUACGAUGGCUAUGCAUCUUACAUGAUUUGAAAUCUUCAGAUGUGAUGAAGCUAGAUCUACACCCACAGAGUGAGCUUGAAGAACUUUUUUAAGGACCUGAGCAGGUUAUUUUUAGUAAUCAAUUUGCUACAUGCUUGAGAGUUGCUCUCAGUAUUUUGUAGGUCCUGCUGAGGAUGCUCAUCUGUCAGAAUCUAUUAGGCCAUUAGCAAACUGGCUUAUGAAUUUGUACUUUUUUUUUUUCAUAGCACAGAAUUUGUGCUUUAGAGGAUGUCAUACAAGCUUGGCUUUCAUUCAUUAAACUGAAAGUUAAGAAAAUAUGACCAAAAUAUCCCAAGCCAGAUGUCAUAAUAUAUCCCAAGCCAGAUGUCAUUUUAGCACAUAUACAGAUGAUUCUACUUGCCUGCUUUCCAGUGUGAAUGAAGUCUGAGCUAGGUGAACUUUUCAAUAUAUCCUCUGGCGAGGGAGUUGGGGCGUGCUUAUCCUAUCAAUGAUAUGCUAAACCUCCAUUUGGGUGAAUUUUUCCCUCAUCAAAUGCUAAACUCCCUCCUUUGGGCCUUUAUUGGUUAGUUUUGUUUUCGUUCAGUAAAUAUUUGCUGAGUUUUGAUGCCAAAUAAGAUUGUUUUCCAAGAGAGUUAACUGCAUCAUCAAAAGUCUUUCCUGAAAACUGCAUUUUCCUCCUUUGAGCUCUCACAUGCCUACAUUUAAAUAAUCAGCCAUCCUUGUCCCUAUAUCUGACACUCAAAUGUGUUUUCUUCUCACAAUUUCCUAUCUAUGAUGUGGUUAAGAAGGCCUUUCCUCUAGGUCAACCUUACCUACACUCUAUGGGACAAAGGAUAAUCUCUAAGGAAUGCUAGAUUGACAUUGCCUUGCCUUCAAAAUAUGCCAUUACCAUUAUUUUUUUUUUAAUUGAAGCAACAUUAUAUAAGUUUCACAUGUUCAUCCCUGAGAAACGAUAUGUGCAAAGUUCAUUAAGUUCAAUGCUAAAAGUUCAAACAUAUCCUGCACUAAUCCACGGUCUGCUCCCAGGGAUCAUGCCAUCUAUUCUGCUACCAAUGCUUUGAAGAAUUCAAACUCUCUGUGUGCUAUGUAUGUCCUCUCACAAGUUGCUCCUUAAUCAUAUCCUCAUCCAUUUUGCCUUCUAGAUGAAAUCAAAAUUUAAAAUGAACAAAAAUGUCUUCUGACCAUCUCUGAAUGAUCUCCUAUGUAUAUGCUUUCUCCUUUGCCUAGUGACCUGUUCCUCUUUUCAAAAUACAUUCAAAUGCUCUUCCUCUUCCCCUGGAAAACUUUUCUGAAUUCCACCUAUCAAUGAUCUGAGCCCUUGGUGCAAAAAAUAUAACUUUAGAAUUUUUUUUUUAUUUAUAGCAGUUAUAUAUUGCAAUUUUUUCAUGGUUCUAUCUCAUAUCUAUACUCUGGAUCCCCUGGGGGCAGAACACAUUCUGUUCCUUGUAUCUCAUCCAGGGCUGCCUGUGGUGUCCGGCUCCUGUUAGCACCCAGCAGAUGCUUUGGCAAAAGCGUGAAUAGAACACACUGGCCCCUGCAGUGACACUGGGAUCCCCUUGGGACCAGAUCUCCAUGGACAGCAACCAUGAGGAUAACAGGCACCCUACCCUGUCUGUUUCCUAUGGCUGAAUGACUUUAUUUUCUUUAAUUUUAAAAUGCAUUUGUUAUGAAAGUAACAUUGAGCUCUAUAGAUUUCAGGUGUGCAUAUUAAAUCAACCUCUGCAUCUAAAACAUUAUGUUCACCAUUAAAAGUUCAAUUCUCUCCACCGUUUAUUUACUCCCCCCUCCUUUCUCCCUUACCUUGAAUGGUUUUUAAAGAAGUCAAGAAAAGCAAUGGAAUUAUGAAUUUUGCAGAAUAAGCCUCACUCAAAUGCCACAAUAGGUAUUUUAUAAGAACAAUAUAUUUUUUUCUAAAAAAUCUCUUGCUUAUCAUUUUUUACGGAAAUUUUGUUUUUGUGAUUAUUUAAUGGGCACACACUUACCUGAUUUUCAAGCUUCCCCACAGGAAUGCUGAGAACUAUUAAAAUGACUUGAAAACAUUUCUUUUAUACUUUACAGACAAAGUUCUGAGGCAGCUUGAAGAAAGACACAUAAAGAGCUCUCUUAAAGAAUUGUCUUGCAACAAAUUGUGACCAUCCUGAAAAAGAAACCACAAAGUAUGUGUAGACAGAAUCAAGUCAAACAUUUUGACAGUUUGCUAGUCAAGAUGAAUUCUUUGCAUGCAAAAAGCAAAGGUAGUUUAUUAACUUUUGUUUUCAUCAACAAUAUCAAAAGGGAAAAGUCAUUAUUCACUGUGACACAUCCUGUAUCUAAAAUAUGGCAUAUCUGAUGUCAUAUUAUCUUAACUGUCACCAUGAGAACAAGUAGUCGUUUCUAGAAAUGACAUUAUUGUAAAGACAGAGAAUUGAUUGUUAAGAACUAAGACUUGAGUCAGACUGACUUAUUUUCGAAACCUGCCUCUGUUAUUGACCAGUCUGUUGGCCUUGUUAGUAGCUUAUACUGUAUAGUCAUUCAUUUCUUUUGCACUAAAUGAAGAUGGUAAAGUCUAACACAUACUGUGAUUGUCAGAAUUGCAGGCAUGUAGAGCAAUUAUCUGGGAAUUAAGCAAGCUUGAAUACAUGACAUCAAACACAAUAUAAUCUGCAGACAAACCUAAUUCACAAUCACAGGGUGACAUGUUGCCAACUUUACAUUAUGAAAACUGUAUUUCUUGAGUAUUAAGAUUUCAAGUAUAUGUGGAGAUCAUAUCUAUGGAAAAGCAGUUAGCUUCCUAAGUUCCUCAUAAAUAUGUGCCACCAUUUAUCAAUGCAAGACUGACAGGAGGUUUUACAUUUUCCUUAUUUUCUGGUUGGAAAAGUGUAACAUAGUGUAACAUAGAACAACACUAGGUUCUCUGUCUUGUGGUGUAAGGGACUACUCAAUAGAAUGGUUGAAGAGAAAGGGAAUAGACAGACUUUCUUAUAAAACAUUGUAUUUCUUUUCUGAUCUGUAGAGCACAUAUAGAUGUGCUUACUGCUGAAAUUUAAUUCAGGAAAUGUACCAAAUGAAUACCAAGAAAAAGUAUUCAGAAGACAUUGGGAAACUGAAACCUUUUUUUUAUUUUUUUAAUUUUUUUAAGGAAGCAAACUUUUUUAAAACCAAGAUGAUAACGUCCUGUUUGAAAAAUCUAAUAUAUUAAAUGACAUAUAGUUGAGUUCCUCCUGCUAUACCAUGACCUCUUUCAACACUUCAACACUUCGUUGGAAGAUAGUGGGAAUGGUAGAAACACAUGGAUGGAUGUUUUAAUGACUCUGUUUGCAAAGGUGAUAGUCAAUUAGUUCCCACAUGGCUGCUUUUUGUAAUCAAUGUCAUUCUUAAUUUCAAAAUCUAUUUGUAAUUAAGAGGCAUGCCCCCUCUUUGGUUGGGUUGUAUUUCUUCAUUCUGUACAGGUUCUGUUGAUGGCAGUUUAAAUCGUCUCAAAACAGCUCUAUCACUAGGCUCUAUACCAGUAUAAUUUUCCUUUUUAUUCUAUUCUUUCUUGUUCAAUACAUAUAAAAGUUGAGAUAUUUGGAUGCUAAGGGAAAAAUACCUCCCUUUCUAGUUUAAUUGGUUUCAGGGCAAUUAUUUCAAAGGUAUAAAUCAAUACUGACAUUCCCAGCAUCAAUAGCCAAUUUCUAUUAUCCUGGGGAAAAUGUCUUUUUUGAUACAUGGACCCUAAGUUCUUUCUAUUGUAAAAUAUUGUCUUUCUUUCAUUAAAAUAUAGUAUGGUCCACUAGUGUAUCUGAAGCAAGGGGAAGCAGUUGCUUUGUAGGAAUGCCAAUCAUACCCGAUAGAGAACAGUGGUGUCUACACCCCACUGGAUGGAAAAAUAAAUUAUUGAAACAUGAUGAAUCCCUUCAAUUGAAUUCAAAGCUGUCUAGAGCUAGAUUUAAUUUGAUUCCAACCUGUGCUAACCUUGGACUUGUGCACACUUAAGCUUCUGUUUUCUCAUCUGUGCAAGGUGUAAGUAGUUAUAGUACUUACCUCAGCAACAACAAUACCACACAGUGUGUGACAUAUAUGAAGUACUCAGAGUCAGCUAUUUCCAGAAAUUUAUGGAAUUUAUGUCCCAAAAAUUGGGUUACAUAACUCAGGUUUUUCUUGGAUCUUGAGUAAGACCAUUCAUCUUUUUGGCUUGUUUCUUCUAGUUGAUAGCAAAGGAAUUUUGUUGAUUCCUUAAUUUCUUUUGGACCUCAAAUUCUAUUCCAUCCUGGCUAAUGAUCCUUAAAAUUUAGAGUGAAUUAAUUGGGUUGCUUAUGUCUUAUGUUCUUGUAAAUCUUAGGAAGCUCUAUAUGGGAUAUAAGACAAGAAAAAUACAAAGACUCAGUUUCAUGAAUUUUUGUAAAAACUGAAUGCUGCCCCUCCCACCCCUUUCUGCCAUUAGUUACAAUAGUAAACCCCUGUGUUUGGGAAGCUACAUGCACAUUCAUUCAAAGCAAGAGUUGUAACAUCACAAGGAACUCCCACUUUUGUAUUUGUACGAGAUUACUUAAUGUUCCUAGGCCUCAAUUUCCUCAAAGAUGAAAUGGAGUAAUAAUGCUUGUGAGCAUUCAAUGAGAUAAGUUCUGUCAAAUGUUCAGUGUGUGAGAGCAAUUCAUUCAAAGCCAUUAUGACUGAAAAAUUACAAAUGACUAGAAAAGAAGCAAGUGGAAAAAAAACCUCAUUUGUUUCAACUUAAUUACCUUUAUUCAAAACAGAGAAAUUCAAACUAUAAUGUUAAGUAGACAUCUUUAUAAAUACUUUAUUUUAGUAAAAAGUAUCAAAGAUAAAUUUCCCUACAAUAAAAAUUGUACAAAACAAAACUGUUUCUUCAAAUGUUGAAUGCAUUUUCUAUUUUAUCAGGCCUUUUAUGUAGAGUUUUAGCUACUACACUUUAAAUAUUCAACAGAAAAGAGAUUGUGAGUAGAAAAUCUGGGGAAUUUUUAAGUAAUAGUUAUGGUUUAUUUUUGAUGAACUAGGAUAGAUUUUAAUACUGACUGUCACUUCUUAUCUUUGAAACUUGAAAAA